ACUUAGGGCUCUAAUUCUCACCAAUUCCUCAACAAAACAAUUCUGGAAGGUUUUACGAUGCACUUAACAUAUCCCUGAAUAGUUGUAUGCAAUGUUCUCUCGACUUUCUUGAGACGUGAUGCACUUGUUGAGGUAGAAAUAUAUUACUUUGGCACAUAUAUAACAUGUUUGACUUGAUCUUUCAUGCAAAGCAUUCAUGUGAACAAACACUUUGUUCCCAUAUUUUGUUUUUUAUGUUGAAUUUUUGUCAUGCUUGACUCUGCUGUUUUUAAGUUGCAUGCCUGUGCUUGCCCUUAUUUGCUUACCCAGCAUGCUUUGCCUAAUGCUUUCCUCAUGCUUCACUCACAUUUUACAGGAACUAUUUUCUCCGUGACAGGAAACGCUCCCCCCCAGUUACAUCGACUUCCAAGUGAAUAUGCCUGCCCACCUGCCCAUAUGCCCAGGGCCAAACAGCCAGCUCCUGUUCAGUCACAUGGAGAUGUGAAUGAUAUUCCCCUGCCCGCUCGGCGCGAGGGACUGCGAGAGAACCAGGACCUAAACAAGGAGAACAAUGGAACGAUUGUGGGCAGUUUAAAUGAGGAGCACGUCACCAUACUCGUAGACCGGGGCUACGAUCGCCUCAAAGCAGUGGAGGCCUUGAGAGUGUCGCACAACAACCUCAAAAUGGCCGAGGACAUUCUGGAUACGUUUGUUAAAAACAAUCGAUGAAAAAAAGUAGGGAGUGUGAUGAUUCUACCAACCACCAGGGGGCACUGUCGCCACGUUUGAUACGCCUGGACUGAUUGUAUUGAGAAGAGACGUGGGCAGAGUGCCAUGUGACUUGAGACUGUUCUGCUGUAGACGUGUCGUAAUCAAAUAAUUUAUACUCACUCUACAAUCAAAGUGAGGCUGCCUCGGUCUGGUCCUACCCCUCGCAGGUUCCUGGGGUCGUGUGGCGGAGAGUCACUUAUGCUUUUAGUACGUUAGUAUUUAUGUCCGUAUAUCCCAUGAGGCUGUGACUCUAUUCAUUUCAGCCGCACCAAGAGAGGAGACUUUUCUACUUUGUUUCUGUCACUGUAACAUUGGGACACGCCCACAAGUUACGUUUUUGUCACUGUAACAUUGGGACACACCCACAAGUUCCGUUUUUGUCACUGUAACAUUGGGACACGCCCACAAGUUACAUGUUUCCGUCACUGUAACGUUGGGACACGCCCACAAGUUACAUGUUUCUGUCACUGUAACAUUGGGACAGGCCCACAAGUUACAUGUUUCUGUCACUGUAACAUUGGGACACGCCCACAAGUUACAUGUUUCUGUCACUGUAACAUUGGGACACG